GUAGAGAAACUUCCUGAAAACUUUGUGAAGUGCAAAGAAGGAAGAAGUACAAAAUGAGGAAGAAGAGAGGAAGAGUUAGUUCAGAGCAGAGAAACUCAGCCGAGAACACUGGAGAGAAGAGAGCCGCAAAGAAAUGGCAAAAAGAGAGACAGUCCGUCCAAAUCAUGGACUCAGGAUGUUUGUUCUUAUCUGGGGGACUCUGCUCUCAUCAGGUGCAUCAGUUUUGGGAAGACAACAUUGUCAUAACGAACACACACAAUACUGUAUCACUCUUAGUGAAGCAGUUCUAAAAGCAGAGGCUGGACUCUGUGUUGUGAUACCGUGCUCUUUCACUACUGCGCCUGCCUUUACAACCCAGCAUUUAGUUUGGUACAAAUGUGCACAGUCUAAAUCAAAAUGUGAGGAUUCUGACGUUAUAUUGAACACCACCAAGUUAAACAAGGGUCAGUCUUUGUUCAAAGGACGAAUUUCGCUGUUGGAGCCUGAUGUGAGUCAGGGGAACUGCAGCAUCAUCAUCAAUGACCUCACCGAGUCAGACUCUGGAGCAUAUCAGUUCAGAGUUGGUGGUCUGCUAAACAUUAAUAAAGCAGAUGGAUGGACUUACCUUGAAAAAGCUGCUGUCUCUGUUAAAGGUCUGAGCCAGAAGCCCUCAGUGAUGAUCCCUUCUCUGACGGAUGGACAGCAGACCACACUGACCUGCACUGCUCCUGUUCUCUGUUCUGGAUCUAAUCCUAAAUUCACCUGGACAUGGAGAGGAGCAGGAGUGAAGGACUCUCAGAUCACAGGAAACAUCACCGCUUUCAAGACUGAGAAUCUGACUGCUGUCACACAGAGACACAGCUCCACUCUGACCUUUAACCCUGCAGCUGAACACCACAACAGCAGUGUUACCUGUGAGGUCAGCUUCACAAACAACAUCACUGCAGAGGAGACUGUGACUCUUAAUGUGACCUUUGUGAAGGAACCUUUGAUCAGUGGAAUUACUAUUGUCAAAGAUGGUGAUGAUUUAAAUCUGACCUGCAGUGUUGAAAGUUUUCCUCCAUGUGUUAUUACAUGGACUAUACAUGGUUCCAACAAAAACUUGUCAAAAGAAACCAAAAUCAUCGUGCAUAGCGACACUGGAACAGCCACUCUUAUCCUCCGUAAUAUAAAAGCAGAAUAUUCUGGACUGUACGUCUGUACAGCAACACACCAGAUCCCUACUCUGAGUUCACAUGCUGAAGUAAAUGUGACAUACUUGAAGAAACCUGUGAUCAUUGGAAGGACAACUGUGAAAGAGGGUGAUGAUUUAAAUCUGACCUGCAGUGUUGAAAGUUUUCCUUCAUGUGAUAUUACAUGGACUAAACAUGGUUCCCAAAAAGCAUUGUCAAACGAAACCAAAAUCAUCGUGCAUAACGGCACUGGAACAGCCACUCUUACCAUCUCUGAUGGGACAGCAGAUCAUUCUGGACUUUACGUCUGUACAGCAACACACCAGAUCCCUCCUCUGAGUAUGCAUGCUGAAGUAAAUGUGACAUUUGUGAAGAAACCUGUGAUCACUGGAAAUACAACAAUCAAAGAAGGUGAUGAUUUACAUCUGACCUGCAGUGUUAGAAGUUUCCCUCCAUCUGUUAUGGCAUGGACUAAACAUGGUCUCGUCAAAAACCUGACAAAACAAACCAAACUGGACCUCCAUAACGACACUAGAACAGCCACUCUUAUCAUCCACAAUGUGACAUUAGAAUAUUCUGGACUGUACGUCUGCACAGCAACACACCAGAUCCCUACUCUGAGUACACAUGCUGAAGUAAAUGUGACAUUUCAUCCAAGGAUCUUCAGUACCUCUGGAUGUGUGGUUCAGUCGGAGGUUCUGACAUGUGUGUGUAUCACUGACGGUUUUCCUUUACCCACCAUCAAAUGGCCGCUGUUAGAUGCUCACACUGAAUACUCUGUCACUACCAACUUCUCAAACCACACAGUCAACGUCAGCUUUACUGUAUCUGUAAAAGAUCGCAACUACACCACUGUCGAGUGCAUCAGCAGAAAUUAUAUUGGGGAAGCAAAAGAAAACCUCAAUGUUACGAAAAUAAAUGUAAUAGAAUAUCCCCUCCAUAUGUUAUUCACAACUUUUAAUCUGCUGCCACUCAUCAUUGUGUUUUUGAUUGGCCUACUUGCUUCAACAUCCAUCUACUGUUGUGCCAGAAAAUGCCACAGAAGUAAACGGAAGAACUCUGAAGAAAUCGCUGAAACUCUGGAGAUGAUCAGUGCUGGUGAAGCUGUGCAAAACGAUGGGAACCAAGACAAAGAGGAAGCUGAAGGAGGAGCUGUGGCUCCACCAAACGGUGAUGUGGAACCAAAAGAGGUGGUAUACUCUGACAUUGACUUCAGCUUGUUGGAAAGAAAGGGUCCCAAAAGGCCAGAGGCUACUCAAGAGUCCACAGAGACAGAGUACGCUGAAGUUAAAAAGAAAGGGGAGAGACCAGACAAUGGUGCAAAGGAUGGGGAAAUGGUGGACGGCAACCAAGAGGAAAAGGUGAAGUUAGGUGAUGAUAAAGAGGGGGAACAGUGCAUGUCUGCAGAGGAGGGGGAGGGAGGGCAGGAUGUGGCAUUGUACUCAAAUUUGAAUGAAAUAAUGGGUGAGGUUUGAGCACAGUGUGGCUUGAAAUCACAAAAUGAAAAAAACAGUUUUUCAUUGCAAACACAAUGGCUGAUUAAACAUUGGCAUAACAUGCAUGCAGUUAACAAGAAUGACAUAUAGCAUAUUUCUACAGAAUAGAAACCAUGUGCAAUCAAUUUUAAAAGUAAUUGAAAAACACUGUACACAGCUGUCAGUGUGAAAUUAGCCGACAUUAUCAAGGUGUUCUAUUUCUUUAAAUUUACUACCAUUUUUUUUGUUACACCUAUUCAAUAUGCAAAAUAUUUUUAAUCGUUACAGUUUGUGCUUUGCUGAUCCCCUAUCCAUCCCGUAUGGACUGCAUGUACAUUUUAUCAGCAUGAAUUAUUGUAGCAGUUAGGCUUUCAAUUAUAAUGCAUUGUUUUUUUGGGGGGAGAAAUGCACGCAGCUAGCAUUGCAUGUAUCAUUACUAUGAAGAUAUUGAAGAAGGUCUUGUAUUGUUUUUUAUUGGGUUUCUUUGUUCGAAUGCAGUUUUUUUCUGCUGUUUAAUUCCAUUGAGCUGUUCUAAACAAUGUAUUGCUUUGUUCAUUAACAUGACUAUAGGAGCUCUGUUUGUACCAAAGUCUGCAUUUUAACUUUUAGUAUGUAUAGGAAAUAGUGAAUAUAUGUACACUGUAUUACAUUCCUUUCACAGCUGUUUAUAGCUUAUACAAGUUAUUUACUCUUAUUGAACUGUUUGUAGAAGUGUUUUUGUUAAGAAUGUGAUUAGCUUUAGCUGUAUACUAUGAUCCAAGUUAACAAAAUGGUAGCAUUUACAGAAGUUCCACAUUUUAACCGACUGUUUUAUACAUAGGAGUUAGAAGCGAAUAGCAAAUCAAUUCACAUGUCUGUGAUAGCAUGAGCUAUAGAGCCAGCAGAGUUAGCUUAGCUUAGUAUAAAGACUGUAUAUGCAGAAGUAAGAACUUACCAAAAGACAUGUUAAAAGUGCAAUUUGUAGUUUUAGGACCAUUACUGAUGUCCAACCAGCAGCACCAGCUGUUGCAGUUAAAAAGUCAGAACCAGAAUGUCAGUUAGGUGAAUGUUUUUCUUUUUAAUUUUUCUUUGAUUCAUUGUUAUAAAGCAUAUAUUUGAGCAUGUAAUACAGUACUUAACUUUAUCCUACUAUAGCUGUAUAAUAAAUUUAAAAAAGCUUUAACUUCUCCUUUGACUGUUAUAUUAGCAUAACAGAGAAACCUUUUAACUUGAAUUUUUAAUUCAAGUCAAAUUACUUUGAACUAACUCAUAUAUAUAUAUAUAUAAAGGAUGCUUAACACUGUAUUCUGCUGUCACAAACACAGGAAAUAAUGAGAGUGAGCAAAAAAUAACAACUGAAACAUCACCCAGGUGGUUUGCAUAUUGAGUUGUUAAAAGGGAAGAAAGACGCUUUGCUUAUAAGAACACAUCGCACACAUUUCUCACAUUUAUAAAUAUGACUUUGUUCCUCUUUAUUGGUAAAGCCUUAACGAGGCUUACCGUAUUUGACCUAACUCAACAUUCAUGUAACGACGGUUUUCAUAGUAAAGAAAAUGAAACUUGUCAUAUUAA